CGCACCGCGGGGCUGUGGGACGGCGGCCGGCGGCGCCAGGCGGAGCGGGCCCGCGCGCUCCCGCCGCUGACAGGGACGGCGCGACGCGAGCGGGCGCCUCCGGCGGGGGCCCGGGCCCGGCGCCGCUGUCUUCUCUCCGCUUCACCCGGCCACACCCCCGCCGGGCCCCGCUGAACGGGUCGGGAUGAGCGGGGGGGACGGCAACGAGGAGUUCUACCGGCAGCUGCAGCUCCAGCAGCAGUGCGAGGCCGAGCCCAGCGGCGAAGGCGAGGCCGACCCCUUCACGUACGUGGACCCGGCCGACGGCGCCGCCUACGAGUGGGACCGGGAGAAGAAGGCCUGGUUCCCCAAGAUAACAGAAGAUUUCCUGGCAACAUACCAUGCCAACUAUGGCUUCCAUGCAGAUGAUACAGACAGUUCAUCUGCUUCUGGCACAGCUACUGAAAGUAAGCAACCAGUUAGUUCUAAGACAUCAGAAACUCAACCGCCUGCAAAUGAGAAAAGGCCACAACAAACAAAUCCAAAACAAAAAGGGGAAAAAAGAAAACUUGAGCCAGGAUGGUUUCAUGUUGAAGAUGACAGAAACACAAAUGUUUAUGUGACUGGUUUGCCUCCAGAUAUUACAAAAGAUGAAUUUGUGCAAGUCAUGUCAAAAUGUGGUAUUAUUAUGCGAGAUCCACAGACGGAAGAACACAAAAUCAAACUCUACAAAGAUAAAGAAGGAAACCUUAAAGGAGAUGGCCUCUGCUGCUAUCUAAAGAAAGAAUCAGUUCAGCUUGCAUUGAGACUUCUGGAUGAGGCAGAAAUUAGAGGCUAUAAAUUGCAUGUUGAAGUUGCAAAGUUCCAACUGAAGGGGGAGUAUGAUGCAAGCAAAAAGAAGAAGAAAUGUAAAGACUACAAGAAGAAGUUGUCUCAACAGCAAAAACAGCUGGAUUGGAGGCCUGAGAAGAAAGACGGUGCAACGCGAAUGCGGCAUGAACGCAUCGUUAUUAUCAGGAACAUGUUCCACCCAAAGGACUUUGAGGAGGAUCCUUUAGUGCUAAAUGAGAUUAGAGAAGAUCUGCGGACAGAGUGUGAAAAGUUUGGUCAAGUAAAGAAGGUUCUCAUAUUUGAUCGACAUCCUGAUGGUGUGGCUUCUGUAUCAUUUAAAGAAGCAACAGAAGCUGAUCUCUGCAAGAUGACUCUAAAUGGGAGGUGGUUUGGUGGCCGUCAGCUCAGUGCUGAAACGUGGGAUGGUGUAACAGAUUAUCAGGUGGAAGAGACUGCAAGAGAAAGGGAAGAAAGGCUUAAGGUGUGGGGAUCAUUUUUGGAGGAUCCUGAUGCAAAAGAGCAACAGACGACAUCUGAUUCAGAUUCUGCAACAAGUAGUGUUAAAUUGCCUGAAGGCAAACAACCUUCCAAAGUUAAUAACACCUCUGAGGAGGAUGGAAAUGAUGAAGCCAGUAAGAGGGAGAAUAACGGUGAGGGUGUUAAUGAAGAUGAUGCUCCAUCCACAGACAGCAGCCUGGCAGGCAGCGAUGUUGAAGCAGACACAUAACAUCUUUAAUGCUUUAUGGAAGCAUGUUUUUUAGGGUGAUGCUGGAGAUUAUCCCCUCUUCAGGGUGACUGCAGACAACAUUCAUAUGAAUAUAUGCAUAUUAGGAUGUCAUCAACUGUGUGCUUUCAAGUUUUCAUUAAAAGUGGUAUUUGAGGUCCUAAAAGUUUGUAUUAAUUGGCUGUUCAGGUAAAGUAACUCAAGUUGCCAAGAAUGCAGUAAAAUUCAUCAGGCUUCUUUUGUUCUCACUAUUCUUGUCAGUGUUUCAUUAUAUAAGUGUGAAAUAUCUUCCAACCCUUCAGUUUAUGUAACUAUAUGUAACUUAAGUAAUGCAAAGCUAUUACAAGAUUUGUGGCUUUUACUGUUAAUUUUCCUGUACCUCUUGGAACUUGAUAUGUCAUCCUUUAAAAAUUAUUCUUGUCCUGAGUGGUUUGGAUCAUUUUCUGGAACAGAUGCUGAUAUGUGUAGAGUGAAUGUAAACUUGAAGCAGAAACCAACCAAUGUUGCCAUAGCCAACAUAGGCAAACAGAGUUCAGAUUAUUAAAUCAUAGCAUUCAGUAAAUUAUAUUUUCUCCUCCCUUUUUUAAGGUCUUCUGUCAAAGCUUAGAUCUUUUGUUGAGGCUGGUAUUAUGUCAAGGAGACCAGCACACACAUUCUAGGCCCUGAUGAAACCUUAAUCUGAAAUCAAGUGAAAUCUUAAACUCUCAUGGUCUGUAUGCAUAACAGGCUUUUGACUGGUGUAUUGGCUUUGUUUAGUUUUUGCUUUAAUAUUAAAGGUUUUCAUUUAACUUUGUUAGAAUGAGGUGUGUGAGUUCUCUUCAACACUUUUAGUUUAGGCUUACCUGCCCUUCAAAGUGGAGAUGGUGUCCCAUACUUCAUAAAAUUUAAAUGCUUUUGACAAUUUGAACUACAUUUGUCAUGAGAAAAUACUCUUUAAAUGAAUUAUUUUAUAAAGAAAAGGCAAAUGCUAACCUUCUCAGAAAUAUUUCCAAAGGCCAGGAUUUGAAAGACAUUCUGACUUUAGAUGCCCUAACAAGUGGCAGGCAUUCAGAGUAACUUUGGGGGAGUCGUUUUGGGUAUAGUCAUUCUUAAUUUAGAAUCUUAUUAUUUUGAUACCUAAGGAUAGAAGAGUCUGGAUUUAGGCACUAAAUAAUUAAAGUCUAUUCAUAGUGUUCUGUUCAUGUGGAUGGUUACUAGAGCACAUUUGUAAGGAGAAUCUUCAGAUAUAUUUUUUUUAAUUCAUACUGGAUUGCAAGAAACAAUAGAUGCUAAAUUCUUAUAUUUCCACCCUGAACUAUUCAGAAUAUGCUGAAAAUUGGUAUUUUCAAACUUUGUGCUCUGAAAUUUCCAUUCUAUUUUUCCACAAGUCUCUGGGAUUCCUAGGUUUGUUUGUAGGGGUUUUUUAAAUGUAAUCGGUGUGUUUGGGUAGCUAUGCCAACCAAAGCAUGGAAGUCAACACUUGCCACUGUGGUUAUAAAUAUCUUUUGUGACAAAAUACCUGGUGGUCUUGAAACACAGACAAUCUUUCAGUUCAGAGUUUUGAAGUCUGUGGGUUCAUCAGAAGCUAACGUGGCCUAUUUCCAGUUCUGAGUGGUGUCACCCAGGAGAACUGUAAUUCUUGACAGCUAACAAAGACCGUGUUCUCAUCUUUACAAGUGUACAAAUUGUGUGUUUCUGCAGCACAGGUGUUUGAACAGUUCAGGGAGUCUGAAAUGCUGCCUGAUUUGUAGCUGCAUGUAGUGGCAUAUUGGUAUGACAUCUCUGGGUUGUUUGCUUCUGCCUUAGUUAUUUUUAUUGGUGAAGAGCACCACAGACCUUUGAGGGCUGGAACGCUUUGCAUCUGAAGAGUGUGGUUUAGCGUGGUGGGUAUUGCUUUCAGUGUUCCUUUUUUCCUUCCAGCUUCUAGAGUCCAGGCUUUAGAUCUGUUAGCCUAUCGUGUUUUAUUAGCUUCUUAUUUGAGAGAGAGCAAGUGAGCCUAGUCAUACAACACUCUACACAGUUAAAUCGCCUGUUUUACAAUGGAAUUGCAACUGAUUGAGGGAAACUACUGACAAAUGUAUAAAUAUUGUACAGUUCUAUGAAGCCUUAUUGUGGUAUGAGAUAUAAAAAAUAAGGUUAGUGUUUGAAGAAAGACUUUGAAAAAUAAAGAAUCAUUAUAUGUGCAGUAGUGUUCCUCUCUCCAACUGAUGUACGAAUUUGAUUGGCUUGCUUCAAAAGUCACACCUGAUGUUAGUCUUGUCAUCUUUUCCUCCAGAUUUAACAAACUGCAGUAGAGCACUGACAAAGACUGAGACCAAACACUUUACUGGCUUUCCUAUUAACUAGGAUUCUUAAGAAAAUAAAAGCUGUUUUUCCAUGCAAAUAAUGUUCUGAAGCGUGGCAUUACACCCAAACUGCUGUUUUCCUUCUGACUACCUCUGUUAUUCCCCAGUAAAAUAUAAAAAUAUAUUUUUGUAAACUAUUCAUUGACUUCCUGAAGCAUUUAAUGGUCUAUGGAGAGGUUAAUGCAACUGUGACUUUCUUUUCAGCAGCUUUUCAUUGAGACUGAAUUCUUCUGAUGUUUUCCUUUUUAAACAGAUGCAAAUUUUUGUAAAUCAACCUGGACACGAACUAAAUUUUUUCACAAAAGUUGAAAUUACUGUUUUGAAGUAUGAUUGUGAAAAUCUUGCAGUCUAGAGCAGUGAUGUUUAAUACCAAACUUUAAAAAUCUGGAGCUGAACAACUGAGUUACUUUUUUCUGACUGAGCAGCGUCAUAAAUAAAUUGAUAAGUUAAAACCCCAAUGCAAUUUUCACUGUAGUUGUUCCUGAAUUAAAGUUGUUUCUGAUGACUUGUCAUGCUCAUUACAAGUGACAAGAUCAAACUUUUUGUGCAGUUUCUAAUUUUUAGUAGUUUCUAUUCCAGUGGUCUGGUAUCCUUCAUCCCUGGGCUUUUGGCAAGAGGUUCAUUUUAAGAAAAGCUGUCUCCUUCCCUCAGUAUAUUAUGAAAACAAUAACUAGCAGCAGGUUGAAACAAUUUGUGGGUAAUAGUUGCUCAGUUUUGAACUGGAGAAAUGUCUGUUUCUGCUAACAAAAGGGAUGUGAAGCCACUUAAAUAUAACAGCAGGGAAAGAGCAUUAACUGAUACUUCAGCAGAAUUUGGCAUAGAUAAUCACUUUCUUAACCAUGCAGUGCAAAGUCAGUUGCUUAGAUUCAAGAUCUAUUGGUAAUUUGCUUUACAAACAAAUGCUAUGUAGUGAUUUGCUGGCAAGGUAAUUGUGCAGAGUUUCAAGUCUCUUGUCAGAGAUUACGUGGUUAGAGGAGCGUGGCCAAGGUAGGCAGUUGGGGACAAAAAGCCUCAAAAGACAAGGCACGUAAGUGGUAGGAGGUUCUCGAAUGUUCAUAUACAGCUAUAAAGAGAGAAUUGGUUUCAUUUUGCAUCAAAAUGUUUAUCUGUUUCUCCUGCUGACUUUUUUAAUUACUUUUUUUUAAUUGAAUUUCAGUCCCUCAUACAACUUGCAUUCUGUAUGAGGAUUGCAAUUCACUUAAAAUCAUUAGUAUGUUAAAUGCAGUGCAUUUUAGCUAAAACAUGUCCUAGACAUUAUUCAGUUAAUCUAUUACAAUUAUAAGGUUAAUCUAUUUGCAAUUACAAAUACUUAACUCACUCAAGAAAACCCAAAUGCAUUGGAAGCUUCAGAUAGAAACCCAAACUCGCCUUUAAAUAUUGAAGAUCCAUACCCAGAAUUCUUGAACUAUAUAACCUAAGAAAAUCCAUUAAAACAAGAAAGCCGAACUCCUCAGACCUGCAGAUUGUAAUUGGCUUUUAAAUUAAUAUUUCUGAAUUUGAGGAAACAUACUGCAGUAUGGUAAAUGAACCAUGUGAGUUGUGUACUUGUGUUGAUUUAACCUGUGUGUAUUUUAGUGCUCAUUAUACAAGGCUUGAAGUUUUACUGUCAGAUGCUCUGAAAGUUCUGUAAAAUACUUCAUAGAAUAAUGAAACCUUUUGCAGCAAA